CGAAUUGAGGAAGGGACAUAAACACGUAGUACAGGUACGAGGAUUACUAUUUCUUUUUUUCAUUGCCUUAUUCCACAACAAGAAGAGAUCGAUCGGCAAGGUGUGUAUUGCGUUUUUCAGAUCACCAUAUAUCAAAAAUUUCCUACAAGAUGUCUGAGAGAAAGGUGGUGAAUAAGUACUAUCCACCCGAUUUCGAUCCCGCUAAAAUUCCUCGAAGAAGCCAACAACAGCAGCAGAUUAAAGUUCGAUAUAUGCUCCCUAUGAGCAUCAGAUGUGGCACAUGUGGCAGCUAUAUCUACAAGGGUACUAAAUUCAAUUCACGCCAAGAAAAACUGAUUGGGGAUGAGACAUAUCUUGGAAUCAUCCCGAUAUUUAGAUUUUAUAUUAAGUGCCCCCACUGUUGCGCUGAAAUUGCUAUCAAGACGGAUCCUCAACAGUCUGAUUAUGUUGUUGAGGCUGGAGCUCGAAGAAAUUUCGAGCCUCAUGCAGCAGAAGCACAAGAUGAAGUGGGAGAUGACAUGGAGACCUCGAAAAGACAAACGGAUAUCCUUUCUGCGCUCGAUGAACUCAAGUCCAUGAAGUCAAGGCGUGCGCAUCUAAGUGUGGAUUCAAUGCUUGAAGCCUUGCAGCCAUUACCGCUUGAAGAAGAAGAAGAAGAAGACGACGACAAACAGCAGCUUGACAUUUUCCAAAGAUCACGACGCAGAAGGCAGCACGCGCAUGUAACGGUGGAUGAUUCAAUGCAGCAGCCAUACGUUUUCCAAAGAUCACGACAUGAUGACGACCAGCUUCAUAAGAAGAGGAAGCCAACAUAUUAUCACUUAACUACUGUCCCCAAGAAGAAGUCGCCUAAAACACAAGAAAUUAAGAGCAACGGGCUUGUUUUAUUAUGUCAGCAGUAUGACGAAGAAGCCUGACUCCAUCAUCAUGUUUUCAAGGUUGCCAUUAAAAAUGAAUUAGCGGCUAGGACCAUUACACUCAUUUUUGCUUCAAAAUGUCUCUGUUGACGUGACGCCCACGUGGUGGAAAAUGCCCCUUAGGGGCUUGAACCGUUACGCAUGGUCUAAAUAGAUUUUGGAAGCAAUUUGCAAAAUGUCAAAUACUUUUCAUAUCAUCUACAAGAACCUUAACAUUACAUAUUAAAAACCUAUGUUUAAAAAAGUACGACAUUUUGUAAAGUUGGAGCACAUGAAGUUCCCUCUAAAAUUUAGCCGCCUAAAUAUUUACCGAUAAAAGAUCGACAUAAAAGCCUUAGAUUCAACCGAACAUGAUCGAUCUUAACACAAACACACGUUGACCAGUAACCUGAUCAGCUCAUUUUACCACGAACACUUGGCGGAAAUAUUAUUUGUC